GGAAAAAGAAUAUAUAAUAAUAUUUGUACAACGACGCCGACGGCCCAACCAAACCGAACUCUCUCUCCUCUUCCCCAGCUCAAAAAUUCCCAUUCAUUUUUCUUCAGCGCUCUCUCAUUUGUUGUUGUUGUUGUUGUUGUUCUUCUUCUCGAUUCCUUGAUAUCUCUCUUUCUCCCUCUCUCCAAUUCAGCCUCAGAUUUUUUGAUUGGGAGGGAGAGAGAAUGUCUGGAGGUGGUACUCAGAAAAGCAUAAGGAAAGCACUGGGGGCCCUUAAGGACACUACCACUGUUUCAUUGGCCAAAGUUAAUAGUGAUUACAAGGAAUUGGAUAUUGCUAUAGUUAAGGCCACAAAUCAUGUUGAGAGGCCUGCAAAGGAAAGACACAUUAGAGCUAUUUUUGCUGCCAUUUCAGCUACUAGGCCUCGGGCUGAUGUCGCUUAUUGCAUUCAUGCUCUUGCCAGAAGGUUAUCGAAGACGCAUAACUGGGCGGUUGCAUUGAAAACCUUAAUUGUUAUUCAUCGUGCUCUGAGGGAAGUGGACCCCACAUUUCAUGAGGAACUUAUUAAUUAUGGCAGAAGCAGAAAUCAUAUGCUUAACAUGGCUCAUUUCAAAGAUGAUUCCAGUCCAAAUGCAUGGGAUUAUUCUGCCUGGGUUCGCACUUAUGCCUUAUUUUUGGAGGAAAGGCUUGAAUGCUUUCGUGUCCUGAAGUAUGAUAUUGAAACAGAUCGACCUAGAACUAAAGAUCUGGACACAGCUGAACUGCUGGAGCAUCUUCCUGCCCUGCAACAACUUCUAUUCCGUGUUCUUGGUUGUCAGCCGCAAGGAGCAGCAGUUAAUAACUUUGUCAUUCAGUUAGCGCUUUCGUUGGUUGCUUCUGAAAGUGUCAAAAUAUAUCAAGCUAUAAAUGAUGGUACUGCCAAUUUGGUUGAUAAGUUCUUUGAAAUGCAACGUCCUGAUGCCAUGAGGGCUCUAGAUAUAUAUAGGAGAGCUUGUCAGCAGGCGGAAAGACUUUCAGAAUUUUAUGAGAUAUGUAAGAGCAUGGAUAUUGGCCGCGGAGAAAGAUUUAUUAAGAUUGAGCAGCCUCCGGCAUCGUUCCUACAAACAAUGGAAGAGUAUGUGCGAGAAGCUCCACGAAUGUCAGUUCGCAAAGAACAGGUUGUUGAAAACAAAAUUACUGCUCCGAAGGAAGUAUUAGCUAUAGAAUACAAAAAAGAACCAGAAGUGAAGGAAGAGCAUCCACCAUCUCCGCCUCCUCCUGAACCAGUAAAAGUUGAAGUGCCUGUUGUUGAACCGCCUGACUUAUUGGGCUUGGAUGAUCCUGCUCCGGUUGCUUCACAACUAGAUGAGAAGAAUGCUCUGGCUUUGGCUAUUGUUCCAGUCACUGAUCAACCCAGUACGACUUUCCCAAGUCAAGCAAAUGGUACAACAGGUUGGGAAUUGGCACUUGUUACAGCUCCAAGUUCUAAUGAAAGCGCCGCGGCUGCUAGCAAACUGGCGGGAGGGCUAGAUAAACUCACCUUAGACAGCCUAUACGAUGAUGCAAUCAGAAGAAGCAAUCAGCCUGUGAGCUACAACCCUUGGGAGCCAGCCCCAAUGAAUGCUCCCAUGACGCAAACUGCACAUGAUCCUUUUUUUGCCUCCAAUGCAGUGGCUGCACCACAUUCAGUACAGAUGGCUGCUAUGGCCAAUCAACAGCAGGCCUUCAUGUUGCAGCAGCAACAGCAGCAGCAAAUGAUGAUGAUGAUGGGGCCACAGCAACAGCCGUCAAAUCCAUUUGCAAAUCCUUAUGGAGCCGGUGUCCAUACAUAUGGCUCAGGUAUGCCUAUGCCACCUGUUCAAGCCUACAAUCCAUAUUCGAGCCUUAUGUAGUUGGUUUGCAUGCGAGACACAUUCUUUUUCUGGAAAUACUGGAAAGAAAGAACAAGGGGAUUGAUCAGCAUCAGAUUUUGGGACUGGGGAAGACUAGACAGUUUGUACCAUAUGUUGUGUAUGUGUAGUAGUCAAUUAGAAUGAGAUUCUUCUUUAAUAAUUAGCAGGAGGAAGGGUUUUGGGUAGUGAUUAUUUACAUUGAUGAAAAUUAGCAAUAAUGCUUUUGAAACUACUAUAGUUUAUUCAACCUGCUAUAUUGUUUAUUAUGGUUGAGCAGGAAUUUUAUCCCUCCCUAUUCCUUUCCCUGCUAAGAUUUACCCAUAGAUGAUAGAAAUGAUUUGUAAUCUCUGUGAUUAUUACCACAUUUAUGUAAUGAACAGAUGUCAAGUUUGAUUUGUGGCUCCUAUAUUCUUUUGGUUUUUGAAA